UGCAAGCGUCGUCAGGCAGGCCGGGUCAAUAACAAUCGGGCAGGUAGGUACAGGGGGUCAGGCAGAGAAUGGUCGGGGUCACAAGCCAGGGAUCAAACAGGAGAAGUCAGCAGAGGUCCGGAUCAGGCAGGGUCGGCAACGAAUCAGACAGGGACAGGGACAGGAACAGGCACAGGAACAGGAACAGGGAUGCAGGUAACAAGAUACAGGGGCCCAGGAAAAAACACACACCUUGGUGUGGCCAUCCCUUACAUACACCUGCAUAAUCAGCUUCAGGUGUUUGGCUGGCUGCAGGGUUGAGUCUCUGAUUGCUGAGAGCACCCGCUGGCCAGCCCUGGUACUGAAGCCCACAAGGCAGGUGAGUCCCACCAUUACUGGCAAGUCCAUUCCUGACAGU